GCCAGCGCUGGGGAAAGCGACGCGCUGGAGCUACGUAUGAAAUGCAUGGCACCUUCAGGAGACAGCCAGCGUUGUCUGUUCCGGAACCAGAGCUCGAGUAAGUUAUUCGCAUUCAGCAUCGGACGUGAUUGUUUUUCCGGGACUGUAAAAAGACAACGCUGCUUUCACAUAUAAGCCCGAGGUUUGGAAAACAAACGGAGAAGACAGCGUAGAAGUUUGCCAGCUUUGUCCACAUCACCAUUACCGUCAUGGAAAUGUAGCCUCGUCCUAAACGAGGAUGGUUUGGGGGUAGUUGUAUGGAGUCUGAGCUGGAAGUGGGAGCAGUUUUCGGAAGGACAAAGGCGGGAGAGGUAGUUGAGAAACUUUCCCUUGUUCCCCGUGGAAGAGCACGGCGGUGACUGGGCCGGAUUGUUGGAGGUCUUUACGCACAGUCUGCGCCAACACAUUUCACAAUCCAAGAUGCGCCCGUGGAGCACGUCGUGCGGAUGUAACCGCGGAGGGGGAACAGACAAGUCCGGACUGAUGCGUUUGCUUUUCCUGCUCGCCGUCGCGCUGUCCUGUCACGGCUGUCCGGACAGAUGCUUGUGCUUCUCACAAACGGUGAAAUGCCAAAACCAGGACUUGGACGCGAUUCCGCAUUCUUUACCGACCAAUACCAAAUUCCUGUUCGUCACAGGAAACAACAUUCCCCGAAUCAGUGUGGACUCUUUCCCAACCCUCCUGGAGCAGCUAACAGAUCUCUAUCUCAGCGGGAAUGAGAUGGAGUUUGUGGAGGCACAGGUAUUUGAUAACUUGCCAAACCUUGUGCGGCUGGACCUGAGCAACAACAACAUCCAGAAUUUCAGUGAAAGAGCUUUCCCUCAUAAUAACACAGUGCAGGUCCUGAACCUCAGUAGGUCUUUUCACAAUCAUUCCACUGCAGAUGAGGUGCUGAGCUUCCUGCAGAGUGGAAACCUCCACCAGCUGAAAGUCCUGGACCUGUCCAACAAUGACCUUAUGAUUCCUCCAGACGACAUGUUCGCCAGCCUCUCCAACCUGGUCAACCUCAGCCUGCAGAACAGCUCCAUCAUCUCCAUUCAGAAUGGGACGCUUAAGGCGCCACCACUGCGUGACCUUGACCUGAGGGACAACAGCCUGAGGGAUCUGCCCACCGCCGCCCUGGCAGAGUUCAGCCUCAAGCCUGGCCUCCGCAUCAGGCUGGCGGGGAACCCCUGGCGCUGUGACUGCUCCAUCGAGGAUAUGCUGCUGUGGCUGAAAAACUCCACUCAGAUCGUUGACGUGCAGAACCUGACCUGUGCGGACCCCGACGGCCUGAGACGCCAGCCGCUCCUGCAGGUAAAGCAGUCACAGCUGAAGUGUUCAGGUGACAUGGAGGGUGUGCUGGAGACUUCUUAUGUUUUCCUGGGGCUGGUGCUGGCCCUGAUUGGUGUCAUAUUCCUGCUGGUGCUCUACCUGAACAGAAAAGGCAUCAAACGGUGGAUGUACAACAUCCGUGAUGCUUGUAGGGACCACAUGGAGGGGUACCAUUACAGGUACGAGAUAAACUCUGACCCGCGUUUGGCCAACCUGAGCAUCAACUCGGAUGUGUGAGAGAAGACGGGACACUGCCUGAGACCCCACAGUGAGAUUUUAAAUGACUUUUUAAAUGACUUAUACUGUUAAGAUUUGCAUGAAAGUCUUCCUCCCCUUGCCGUUUUUUCCAACAAUGCUAUUUAGAUUUGACACCUGUCAAAUCCUUAUUAACCCCUCGCACAACCUCCAUUCAGCCACUGCCGCAUGUCCGAUACAAGUACCUGGCAGCUGUGAUGUCAGCUGCAUUUAUUCCAUAUAACUUUGCAUGGACAAUGAAUCAUGGCGAAGCUGGAGAGUUGCAAAGAGUGAUAUGUUCUAUUUUUACUUUUCCUAAAGGAUAAACGGAUGGAGUACAUUGACUUUUAAGUGAAAGAAUAUCUGUCAAAAACACAUACUGCCGCUCAUUGCAUCCUUCUCAUUAUGCCUCUGCUGCAGAGAAAUACUGUACUGCUUGUUUAUGAGUUUCUUCUUUUUAAUAUGUGAAUUUGUGAUAUACAGUAUGCCCUUUUUGAAUGAUUAUAGUGCACAUGGCAUAGUUUUUGGAUUUAGUAGGUGGAUGUAAUUGCUCUUUUUUCUGUGAAGAUAUUCAGCUAAAUAAAAUGCCUCUGGAUCGCUG